AUGUUCGGCCAGCCCCUCGGCGGCAUGCAGACUAGCCCGCAGAACCCUAAUAAUGACUACGCCGUGCCCUCGAGCCCGGCGGAUGGUGUCUCCGAGGUCGCCUUCUCGCCGUCGUCCCAGUUUCUGGUGGCGUCGUCGUGGGCCGCAACUUUAUCUUGCUGGGAGUGCCAGGCCCAGGAGGCCAUGGGCGGCGUGUCGGCGGUCCAGGCCACACCUAGAGCGCAGUGCACGUUGCAAGCGCCGGCGCUGUGCUGUAGUGCGACCAAUGACAUGGUCUUCGCCGGGUGUGGCGAUGGUUCUUUACAAAUGUGGCGCCUGGGCCAGCCGCAGGCCCAGCAGGUCGGCAAGCACGACGCGCCCAUCAAGCACUGCUUUCACGUCGCGGAGACAAACGUCGUCCUCACGGGCGGCUGGGACAAAAGUGUAAGGGCGUGGGACUGCCGCACGCCGAACCCGGUAGCCACCAUACCGUUGCCGGAACGAUGCUACGCCAUGGACGUGCGCCAUCCUUUGUUAGUUGUGGGCACGGCGGAACGAAAGGUGUGCAUCUACGACCUGAGCAGCGCCAACUGGCAGCAGCCGUACCGCGUCGAGGACUCUCCCUUACGACACCAGACGCGCUGCGUCGCGGCCUUUCCGGACCGCGAGGGCUUCGCCAUUGGCAGCAUCGAGGGCCGCGUCGGCAUCCACCACGUCGACCCGAAGAACGCGCACCGGAACUUCGCGUUCAAGUGCCACCGCGAGACGCAGGACGCGCGCGCCGGCCAGACGGGUUUGUGCAACAUCUAUGCGGUGAACAGCAUCGCCUUCCACCACCUCGGGACCUUCGCGACGGCCGGUUCCGACGGCGUCUACAACUACUGGGACAAGGACUCGAAGCAGCGCCUGAUGCAGUUCAAGAAGGCGGCCCAGACCAUCUCGACGGCGUGCUUCUCGCCGUCCGGCGGCCUCUACGCCUACGCGCUGUCCUACGACUGGUCGCGCGGCUCCGAGUCGCACUCUCCCCAAAUCCCGAACCAGAUCAUGAUCCACCGCGUCCAGAAGGACGAGAUCACGCAGCGCAACAAGAAGCCGGGGCGGAAGUAGCUAUAAUACACAACUUCGCUAUAAAUAAACCUCGCCACGCUC